CCCCCCGUUGAGCUGCAGAGGCUGGUGUGAUGUCCGUCUCUAAUCCACCUGCCUGUUAUUACAGCACCAAUGAGCGUGUCCUUAUCCCACCUCUGGACAAAUGAUAAUUUCACGCUCAGUAAAUAAUUCCUGUCUUGAUUUGCGCUGGUUUAAUUGUCACCCUUUGUGACAUUUGUUUGAUUUCUAACUGUCAAAGUUGCCCAGCAUGGACUGUAAGCGAGACAAGGAGCAGGAUGCAGAGUAUGAGAAGGUAACUGCUUUGCAGCUGAAGUCACGGACAGGAGAAUUUGAUUUGGAAUCCAUUCUGUUUCUGAAACUCAGAGUCCUUGGUAUACAUGACCUUGGAUGCAUUGGGGAAUGUGUAAAUUUGGAGAGGCUGGACCUAUUUGGCAACAAUGUCACAAAUCUAGGACCUCUAUCAUCUCUUCGUCUUCUUUCUGUGCUUAAUUUGUCUUCUAACAGAAUCUCUAAUAUAGAGCCACUUCGUAGUUGUGAAAAUUUACAAACUUUAAAUUUAGCUGGUAAUGUCAUAUCCAGCACUGAGAGCCUACAUUGCCUUGUUUCUCUGAAAAAGCUAGAAAACAUACGUCUGAGAGACAACACCUACAAUUACAGUAACCCAGUGUGCAGGAGCGCAUCAUACAGAGCUGUUGUACUCGAGAUGUUCCCGAACAUCAAGGUUCUGGAUGGAGAGAGAGUUGUUGGACGAGGAAGUGAAUUGUACCAGUUAUGCAAAGACAUUGAUGAUACCAUAAAAGCUGGUUCAUAUAAGAAUGGGCAGCUCAUUGAACAUCCCGAUUGCAAGCCAUGGGUAGAAGACGGUUACUGGGAGAUAAAGCGAUCAAACAAUGCCAUUAUUGAAGAAGCCUACAAACAGUUCAAUGAUGUUCUUCACGAAUGCAGACUCUUGAACAACAGAGCCACUCAUGUGAUUUCCCAGACUGAGCGAUCAAUGAGCUUGAAGAAGCAGCCAAAGCAAUACGCCAUCUGAAUUGGGCUAUUUUGUACAAACCUUUUAUGUAACUUUCAGCCGCCUUUUUUUGCUUUGUAAUGAUGUACUAUGACAGAUGUACUGUAGCUUUUUUCAAACAACCAUGCUAUAUCCAAAUGCUUUUUAAAUAUCAUUGCCUGACACACGUGCUCCGUGCCGCAGUGUGUGAAUUUCGCUGUUACUGUAUUCAUCCUAUGCAUUGGUUGACAGAAUAAAUACAGAGGCGGUUUGAAAACCUUGACCCAUACUGAUGCCCCUCAGUUUGGCUCAUCGAUGUCUUAACUUGCACAAUGUGCAUUUUGUACAAUGCUGUAGCCUGAAAUAAUGCUGAUAGCUAUGCUGCUCAUUAGAAUUUGUAUUGGUCUUUGCUUACAGGGUGUCCUUAAUUUUACAUUGCUGGUUAAUUUAAAAAGUAAAUGUGUCAUCUAUUGUUUGUUCUUGUGCUUAUGCAAAGAUUGACUGAUUGAUUGUUGGCUCUUUUUACUUGUUUUUUUUUUUUAUCAUAGGGUUUCUCUGUGCAACCAACUUGCUGAAAAUACAUUAUUUGUAAGCCUGUAAAUGUGUAUUUAAUUCUGACUUUGAUUAUUUAGAAUAAAUUCAGAUAAGAUGCA